CCCAUCAUAUAUCCAAAACUCCUACGGUCCUUUCCCUCCUCUAGGAGAUGGGCAGGAUUAAAAAGAAACCUCGGCGCUCUGUGGGAGUGUUUGAAAAUGGAACCACUAGCAAUUCUGCUGAAAAUUCAGCUAAAUUUGAUGAUGGUAAUACUCAAAAUACCCCCUUUUUUGUUGAUAUUGAUAGGAGAAGUUGGGAUUUAAUGGAACAUAGAGAUAUAUCUGAAAUUGUACUUAGUAAUUUAAAUUUAAGUUCAGAAUUUUUUGGGUCUGAAUUAAAUGAUGAAUAUUGUUUAAGGAUUAGAUUAUGUAAUGUUAAUCAACAUGUGGGUCGAAUAAAGUUGGGGCGUUGGCCAAUUUUAUCAUCUGAAAAUAUACAUUUGGAAUUUGUGAAAACUAGGGCAGGUGGUGAAAUUGGUGAUUUUGAUGUGAUUGUUAGUGGACAGUUUGAUGGGAGUGAUGAUGGAGUUUCUGGGUUAGCUCAUUUGGUUAGUUUGAAGUUUUUGACGUUGAGGCCAAUUUUCGGGGUUAAAUUAUCUGAGGAUGUUUCUUCACUUAGAAUUAGGGUGGAGAUGCUUCAGAGUGUGUUUGAUGCUUGUGAAUCACUUAUAGAUAGCACUAGGCAGGUAUGGAAGAAGAGCAUGAUGAGUGUAAUGGGUUGGCUUCGGCCUGAGUUGACAACGUCUGAGGCUCGGUAUGGGGUCUGUUUAUUGAGUGAAAUGGAAAAGGAUUCCGAUUCAGAGGUUGAUAAUUGCAGCUUUGAAGGUUCAAAGUUCGACGUUGGUAGAUUUUAUGAAGCCAUUAAGCGAUCAAAAGAUUGCCCGAUGCUGGAUGCUGAUUUGCCUGAUUUGCUCCCUGAGCUUAGACCAUAUCAGCUUCGGGCUGCUUAUUGGAUGGUACAAAGGGAGAAGUGUGCUUUGCAGGAUUCGGCUGUGUGGGAACACAGUCUAUCUUAUUCUCCUUUGUCUGUGGCUGUGGAUAUUCUGGACUCUCGUUCAAAAGUGUUUUACAAUCCAUUUAGUGGGAACGUUUCGUUGUCUCAAGAGAUCCCCUCUUCAUAUGUCAUCGGCGGUAUUCUUGCUGAUGAGAUGGGUUUGGGGAAAACUGUUGAGCUUCUUGCAUGUAUAUACGCUCAUCCUAAGUCAUCAUCUGAAUGUGGCAGUUCUUCUGUGAGUAUAUCAGAUGGUACAGAGACAGAGAAAAUCAGGCUUAAAAGACUGAAGAGAGAGCGGGUGGAAUGCGUAUGUGGUGCACUGAGUGAAAGUUACAAAUAUGAAGGAUUGUGGGUUCAGUGUGAUGUAUGUGAUGCAUGGCAGCAUGGAGAUUGUGUUGGUUUUUCUCCUUCUAAAGGAAAAAGAAGGGCUAAGGAGGCUUCGAAGGAACAUCACAACAAUAACAAAAGGAAGAAAAAUGAUCCGGACGUUGUCAUGAAGAAUGAUGAACAUGUCUGUCAAAUUUGCUCGCAGUUGAUCCAAGCUACUAGGUCUCCUGUUGAGUCUGGAGCUACCCUUAUUAUAUGUCCUGCUCCAAUAUUGCCUCAGUGGCAUUCUGAAAUACUUCGUCAUACAAGACCAGGUUCCUUGAGAAUUUGUAUCUAUGAAGGUGUGAGAGAAGUUUCUCUAUUGAAUUCCUCUGCAAUGGAUAUCAACGAACUUGUCUCUGCUGACAUUGUCUUGACGACAUAUGAUGUACUGAGAGAUGAUCUGUCACAUGAUUCAGAGAGGCAUGAAGGGGAUCGCCGCUUAAUGAGAUACGGAAAAAGGUAUCCUGUGGUUCCAACCCUUCUGACCAGAGUCUUUUGGUGGAGAAUUUGCUUAGAUGAAGCUCAAAUGGUGGAGAAUAAUGUUGCUGCCGCAGCAGAGAUGGCCUCGCGUCUACAUGCAAAACAGCGCUGGUGUGUUACAGGAACUCCUAUCCAGAGGAAGUUGGAUGAUUUAUAUGGUCUUCUCAGAUUCCUUAAAGCGGCUCCAUUUGAUGUGUUUAGGUGGUGGGCUGAAGUUAUUCGAGAACCAUAUGAGCGGAAGGAUGUAGCAGCUAUGGCAUUCACACAUCAGUUAUUCAGACAACUGAUGUGGCGUUCCUCAAAGUCACACGUGGCAGAUGAGCUUGAGCUUCCUCCACAGGAAGAACAAAUCUCCUGGCUUUCUUUCUCUGCAGUUGAAGAACACUUCUACCAAAGGCAACAUGAAACUUGUGUGGAUUUUGCUCGCGAAAUUCUUGUAAGGUUCAAAAGGGAGAUUUUGAAUAAAGAUUGCUCAGGAGCCUUGUCAUCUGAAUAUGAUCCUUUUAUUACCCAUUUGGAGGCUACGAAGUUGCUAAAUUCACUUCUGAAGCUUCGUCAAGCAUGCUGCCACCCUCAAGUGGGAGGAUCUGGAUUGCGUUCUCUCCAACGGUCCCCCAUGACCAUGGAUGAAAUAUUAUAUGUUCUUAUAAGUAAAACCAAGGUGGAGGGCGAGGAAGCAUUAAGGAAAGUAAUUUCUUCAUUGAAUGGGCUAGCGGGUAUAGCAAUCAUCCGAGGCGAAUUAUCUAAUGCUACAUCAUUGUAUAAUGAGGCAUUAGCUUUAGCUGAAGAACAUUCUGAUGAUUUCCGUCUGGACCCUUUGUUAAAUCUUCAUAUAAAUCACAAUCUUUCUGAGAUUCUCAAAUCAGCCUCAAACAUCUUGGAACAAGUAUCAUUUUGUGGGGGACAGCUAAAUGAAAUCCCUGAAGAGAAGUCUUCUGAAAUGAGUGCCAUCACUGCAUGUCAUGAUCACAUGAAGAAUCAAAAAGUUACUGGAGAUAAUUACUUCGAGAGGGCUGUUAUUACUGACAAAACCACUGACUUGAACUGCAAUGUUUCGACAGAUGUCUCAAAAGGUGGUAAAUUAUGUGAUACAGAGCCCCAUGCACCACUUGUCUCAAGUCUUGAAAGCUUGACUGAUAUAUGUGAGGCUAUAAGCCGGAAAUACUUAUCUGGAUUCUAUAUAAGGUUGUCACAAGCUCAACAGGAGUUCCAGAAGUCAUAUAUGCAGGUGUGCAGUUCUUUAAACGAUAGAGAGAACAAAAACAGAGUCUGGUGGCUGGGAGCCCUCCAACAGAUUGAACAGAAUAAAGAAGCAGCUAACGAGUUGUCACAGAAGAUUGAAAAUGCAGUUUUAGCCAACCAAAACAUUCCAAAAGCAUCAAAAACAUCGUCCUGUUUUCAGAGUAUAAAUGCACUCAAGUAUUCUAUCCAAAGUGGUUUGGACUCACUGGAAGCUUCUCGAAGAAGGUUAUUAGAUCAGCUGCUGGAAGUUGAUCAAACAAUGGAAAAACCAAGAGAUGAAGAUGUUGAACGUGUACGAUACUGUCCAAAUUGCUAUGUGAAUGUGGAUGGUCGUUUGUGUGUUCACUGUGAAAUGGAUGAGUUAUUCCAGGCUUACGAGGCUAGGCUCUUUCUCAGAAAAGGGAACAAUGGAGGAGUUAUCUCAUGUGCUGAGGAGGCUGUAGAUUUACAAAAAAAAAGAUUGGAGAGGAAUCAUUUUUACUGGAAUCUGGAACAAAAGUCAAAAAAUCAUGCAUCAACUAGUGUAGAAAUUGAAGGCAGAAGCAAAAGGGAUUCUGGGAAAAUGUUCAUGGAUUCGAGAUUCCCCUCCGAGCUGGAAAUAAUCCUCGGUGUUUUAAGGAGUUAUUUUAAGGCACAUUUAGGAACAGAUGGUGUAUCAGCAGCUAACAGACACCUGGUCCUUCUCGAGGGAAUGAGGAAGGAAUAUGCUCAUGCAAGAUUGUUGGCUACUGCUCAAGCUCAGGUUCUUCGCGCAUAUGAUGAAAUUAAGAUGGCAACUUCAAGAUUACGCUUAAAAGAUAAUAAUGAUGAUAAUUCUAUUGAUGCUCUAAGCCUAGAAGAACUUGAUGUUGCUAGCGUGGAGAAUUCAAGUGAAAAAUUUGUGUCAUUGGCAGCAUUAGCACGAAUAAGAGGAAAACUUCGGUAUUUGCAGGGACUGGUAAUUUCUAAACAGAAAACAGAGUCAAAUAACAAGGUAGCUGCUUCGCUAGAUUCUCAUCCUUCAGAGAAUGCAAACAGUAUCAAAGUGGGUGAAGAGAUUUGUCCUGUAUGUCAAGAAGCUCUUCAAAAACAAAAAAUGGUGUUUCAAUGUGGACAUAUAACCUGCUGCAAAUGUUUACUUGCAAUAACUGAGCGAAAGGCGGCUCUUAAUGGCAAGGUGCAAGAUAAUUGGAUUUUAUGCCCGACUUGCCGACAACAUUCUCAUUUGAAGAGUAUUGCCUUUGCUGAUGAUAGCCUGAAUAAAUCCUUGGUUGGAAGGAGUGAAAAUGUUGAGGCUUCUGUGUUUGUCCAGGGAUCCUAUGGUACAAAGAUUGAAGCAAUUACAAGAAGAAUCCUGUCGAUAAAGUCAAGUGACCCAAAGGCUAAAGUUCUUGUCUUCUCCAGUUGGAAUGACGUCCUUGAUGUGUUGGAGCAUGCUUUUGCUGCUAAUGAGAUUAGUUAUGUUCGUAUGAAAGGAGGAAGAAAAAGUUCACAAGCUGCAAUAACCAUUUUUAAAGGAGAAAAGAUUACAGAAAAGGGUGGUGGUAGCAAGAUAAAUGACCGACAAAAGCCGGAGUCUAAAUUUAUCCAAGUGUUACUCCUCUUAGUUCAACAUGGAGCAAAUGGUCUUAACCUCCUUGAAGCACAGCAUGUCAUUCUUGUCGAGCCCCUACUGAAUCCAGCAGCUGAAGCGCAAGCAAUCAGCAGAGUGCACCGAGUUGGGCAGACUCGUAGAACACUUGUUCAUAGGUUCUUAGUUAAGGAUACAGUUGAAGAAAGCAUAUACAAAUUGAAUAAAAGUAGAGAUGCCAGUUCUUAUAUCAGUGGGAAUAAGAGGAAUCAAGACCAACCAAUUUUAACACUGAAAGACGUCGAGUCAUUAUUUUCAGUAGCAGCACCUCCUGCAGCAGCAGAUAGUAAUAAUGAGCAAACCGGGAGUUUAACACAUUUACCACCUUCGGUGGCUGCUGCCGUGGCUGCUGAGAGAAGGCUUGGCCAAUCUAGAGUGUAAAAUUUGCUUUACAGUGUUUGCUUUGGGUAAAUUUAGUUUUCUCUCAAACUUUUAGUUGUAAAAUGUAAGGGGUUCAUUGAUUUUUCAGGGUUCUUGCUAUAUCAGUGAAGUUCAUUCUUUGUAGGAAGUUGUUAGACAGGUGCACACCGCACAUAGCAACACUCUUUCUUUUUCAGAACAGAAGAAUUUACUUUGUAAAUAUCAGGAUGUAGCAUUUUCGUUGUACAUA